AUGGCCCGAUUGAACGAAAGGCAGAGCAUGCUUGCGCCGCCUGCUGUCGCGCUCAACUCAGACGUUAGCAGGUCACCCUCACAUCAGCCUUCGCCAACGCCUUCCGAAGUGUUUGGUUCGGACAAGGAAAACGCUGGUAGUCGUGCAACACGACCCAGUCUGGGCAAACGCAAAAGCACAUCAGCAGCCAUGUCGACCGCGCAACCAACACAUGACGCAGGUGCGAACAAGCGAAGGCGAACCGAAGAUCAAUCAGCAGGCAGAUCGACACAAGCCGCACGGCGCAAAGCCAUUGGCGACAGUGUUGACAGCAACUUUUAUGACCCAGAUCAAGAUGAGACUUCGAAGAGCACGACCACACAGAGAUAUAGACAACUACAAGCAGAUGUGAACGAUGCGAGGACCGAGUACCUACAACGUGAUUCAAGAGGUAUACAGGAUGCCAUAAAAAAAGCAGACGAAUAUAUCAAAGAUGUCAGACAGACAUCUACAGCCGCAAUCGAUUCGGGACUUCUCGUCAAUCUAGGAGACCUCUCGUACAAGAAGAUCAGUACAAUGACUCUUGGCGACUCAACUACUGCGAUUGACGUGGACGAUUUUCUGACAAAGUGUAUAUCUUACAUGCAAUCAGCCGACGCGAACAGCUCGGCACAGAUGCCCUCGACCCAACGGAGACGAGACCGACGAUGCGAUGAUGAUGAUGAUGGUGACGGGGACAAUCAGGACGAAGAGCAUACGAAUUUAAACUGGGCGCAUUUAGGCCGCACACUCUGCUUUCCCGCUUCAAACCGGCCGUGUCUGUCAUCCUCCCUGCUCGGGCCCUUGUCAUUACAGAAAAAAGUUCGAGCACCGACACAACGUCGAGUAACACAACGUGCAAACUUAGACCCAUCUCAAGCUCAGCGUCCAAUACAGCUCGACGAAGCAGCACUAGAUAGACAAGAGUCAGCAUCAUUAACAGCCUUAUGCGGUUCAAUCGCAACACUGCUAGCCUCUGCACAGAGGAAAGGUGAACGAGCUGUAGAGCAGCAAGCCACGCAAUGGCAAGACGAGGACUAUGAUGCUUCCGAGGAGGAAGUGCGCCAACUGAUGCGCAAGCACAAAGUCCGUGACAACGGUGGUGUGCCACUAUUUGAUUUCUGCAUCAACCCAAAAUCUUUUGGUCAAUCAGUCGAGAACUUCUUUUAUGUUUCAUUUCUGAUUAAAGAAGGCAGAGUCGGACUAGACUUUGACAGUGACGAAAUGCCGACGCUGGGCAUGGUCGAUGCCAAAAGUUUGGAGGAGCGACAGGAAAGCGUGAGGAACCAGGCUAUAUUUACAUUAGACUUUGACAUUUGGCAGGAGCUUGUGCAAAGUUGUGGUAUCACGGAGAGCAUAAUCCCGCAUCGUGACAGGGAGAUCUGGGAGGAUGACGAUGGCGUGCUGAGAGCUGAUUUGGCUGAAGGACCGAGAGCAUCGUCCGAACACGUGGACGGUACUCAGCCGCUCGAGAACGACGAUGGAAAUGAGGAUAGCGAUUUGUAUGAUUGA